AUGGAUGCCUACUAUGCUGGCCAAGAUGGCACACCUGUCAAGAUAUCAAAUGCUUUCUGUAUUUUUGAACGACAAGCAGGCAACAUUUUGUGGCGUCACACAGAAGUGACCAUCCCAAAUAAAGUGAUCACCGAGGUCAGGCCAGAGGUGACGCUAGUGGUGAGGAUGGUUGCAGUUGUGGGCAACUAUGACUACAUAAUUGAUUGGGUAUUCAAGCCAAGUGGCUCAAUCAAGCUGGAGGUUGGGCUAACAGGUGUGCUAGAAACUGAAGGGGUUAAGUACACCAAGACAGACGAAAUAGAGGAGGAAGUUUAUGGUACACUAGUUGCAGACAAUACCAUUGCUGUAAACCAUGACCACUUCUUGACUUAUCAUCUUGACCUUGAUGUGGAUGGGGAAGCCAACUCCUUUGUCAAGAACAAAAUGGUGACCAAACGAGUGAAAGACCCCACCAUCUGA